AUGUACAACAUGAUGGAGACGGAGCUGAAGCCGCCGGGCCCGCAGCAAACUUCGGGGGGCGGCGGCGGCGGCGGCGGCAACUCCACCGCGGCGGCGGCGGGCGGCAACCAGAAGAACAGCCCGGACCGAGUCAAGCGGCCCAUGAACGCCUUCAUGGUGUGGUCCCGCGGGCAGCGGCGCAAGAUGGCCCAAGAGAAUCCUAAGAUGCACAACUCGGAAAUCAGCAAGCGCUUGGGCGCCGAGUGGAAACUUUUGUCCGAGACAGAGAAGCGGCCGUUCAUCGACGAGGCCAAGCGGCUGCGAGCGCUGCACAUGAAGGAGCACCCGGAUUAUAAAUACCGGCCCCGGCGGAAAACCAAGACGCUCAUGAAGAAGGAUAAGUACACACUGCCGGGAGGGCUGCUCGCCCCGGGCGGCAACAGCAUGGCGAGCGGGGUCGGGGUGGGCGCCGGCCUCGGCGCGGGCGUGAACCAGCGCAUGGACAGCUACGCGCACAUGAACGGCUGGAGCAACGGCAGCUACAGCAUGAUGCAGGACCAGCUGGGCUACCCGCAGCACCCGGGCCUCAACGCGCACGGCGCCGCUCAGAUGCAGCCCAUGCACCGCUACGACGUGAGCGCCCUGCAGUACAACUCUAUGACCAGCUCGCAGACCUACAUGAACGGCUCGCCCACCUACAGCAUGUCCUAUUCUCAGCAGGGCACCCCUGGCAUGGCGCUUGGCUCCAUGGGCUCGGUGGUGAAGUCCGAGGCCAGCUCCAGCCCCCCUGUGGUUACCUCUUCUUCCCACUCCAGGGCGCCCUGCCAAGCCGGGGACCUCCGGGACAUGAUCAGCAUGUACCUCCCCGGCGCCGAGGUGCCGGAGCCAGCCGCCCCCAGCAGACUUCACAUGUCCCAGCACUACCAGAGCGGCCCGGUGCCCGGCACGGCCAUUAACGGCACACUGCCCCUCUCGCACAUGUGA